GUGUUGACUGUGUUCAUCCUCAUUCAUUAUACAGGCCACCGCUGGUAGGCCUCCAGCGACAAAUGUACCGCGCCCUGCCUCUCACUAGGCGCGGGACCCGCCAUGCCGCUGCCUCGCUCAGAACCAAGCAGCAACGAAGUGUCCGUCUGUUCUCAAAAUCCCCGAAAGUUGCAGAUGCAUCUUCUAGUUCUUCGGCGUCGCCACCCAAACCAAAGAAACGCGGGUUUUUCAGGACGGUUGCUCUGUACUCCACAGGCUUCGUGCUCGUAUUCUACGCAGCUAGUCCUGUCAUUGCGGCGAACAAUGAGAGGUACAAUGUCUUCUUCUCCGAAAGUGUACCAUUUGGAGAGAGAAUACUUUCGGCUAUGGAAGACCGAGGUAUAGACGAGAAACUGCGUUUCAAACUACUCAAGACUGGAAGAGAUAAAAUGCAAAAGGUUUUUGAUGACGUCUCCCGACGUGCUGGAAGCGGACCUCCCGCUGCCGAGAAGACAGAACAAAUAAAAGGGGCUGUUGUUGACAAGGUUUCGUCCGUCUCCAAAUCGCAGAAUAUGGAGAAGGCGAAACAGAAAGUUCGGGAUGCGAAAGAACAUGCUCAACAUGUUGCGGAAGAGCUGAAGACGAGGACGGAGGAGAGUGUGUCGAAAGUCACGCAGAAGGUGUCGGAAGCGGUCGUGCCUGUUGGAAAAAAGCCUACAAGUACAUCUGCUCGUCCCGCUUCGUUCUCUGAAGGCAUCGAGGAUCUUGUCCGUCGUGCCGAAGGUGCAUUAGCUGGUAAAUAUGUAGACGGUCUUCCUGAUGCUACAACUACCCCGGAACAGCCUGCUGGUUCCCCUCCAGAUGUCCUGCAAGGUACUCCGAAGGAUGUUUCGUCGGAUAAUGGCAAAAUUAUAUAUUCUGACCUUCCCAUCGGAUUUGAACCGCCUCCUGGAUAUUCUCGCCCGAAGCCUCUUUCUCCAUCCUCGUCAAAAUCUGAAGACGCGUCGAAGAAGGAAGAAGGCUUCCCUCUUGUCGCUCCGGCAGUGGCAGACAUUGGCUCCUCCGAACCCGUAAUUUCCGAGUUGGCGACUACUAUCGACUCCUUAGCCGCUUUCGUCAAGGGGAACCCUAACGCAGCUUCUUCCGCGAAAGGUAUCUUGGACACGGCGAAAGAUGAUUUGCAACAGCUCGCGGGACGAAUUGAAGGAGUUCGCUCGGAAGAGCGUAGAAAACUUGAGGCUCAACUGGACGAACAAGCACGCGAAUACAGCUUGAAGCUGCUUGAAUUGGAGAUGACCGCGCAGGAUAAAUUGGAUGCUCAGGAGAUCGAGUUCAAGGCAUUCUACGAGGACGAGCGUAAGAAGCUGACUCGAGUGUACCGCGAGAAGCUGGAACACGAAUUACGAACGCAAAGUGAGAUCAUCAACGAAAGGCUAAAAGCGGAAGUUAUUGCUCAAGGUAUCGAGAUGCAACGCCGCUGGAUCCGCGAGAUCAAGGUUCGCGUGGAGCAGGAACGUGGCGGACGUCUCGCGAAGCUUGAUGAACUUGCUACCAAUCUCAAGCAAUUGGAGCGAAUAACACUGGACAAUGCCGAAUAUCUCAAUGAGAAUUUGCGUUUACAUGCGACCUGGGCUGCAUUGCGUGCACUCGCAGCAGCUUCCGCUGACACGCCUGUGCGGCGGCCGUUCCGUGAUGAGCUGCGUGCACUUCGUCAUUCGUCAGGAGCGAAGGAAGAUGAACUUGUUAGUAAAGUGCUCGACUCACUUGAGAAGACAGACGUUCCCGACGUUGGUGUCGAGCCUCUCGCAGACCUUACGACGUGGUUCACCACCAGCGUAGCUCCGCAAGUUCGACGAGUCGCUCUCGUGCCCGAGCAUGAUGCAGGCGUCCUAUCAUAUCUUGCCUCGAACCUCAUCUCGAGCUUCCGAUUUGCUAGACACGGCCCUGUGGAAGGCAAUGACGUGCUGAGCGUUCUCGCCAGAGCGGAACACUACAUAAAUGAGAAGGACUUGGACAGUGCGGCUCGUGAACUCAAUCAACUAAAGGGAGCCCCGAAGGUUUUGCUUAGCGACUGGCUUGAUGCAACACGCAAAAGAUUAGAAGUGCUGCAGGCGUUAGAGGUCGUGCAAACUCAAACCACAUUAGCAUCACUUCGUGUAGUAUAGUAUUUCUACUACUAAUCCUGCAAUCCAAUUAAGAUGGACUAGC